AUGGCCGGCCUAGUUGGAUAUGAUAGCAGUGACGAGGAUGACGAUAUCCAAGAAACUAUCCCUGAAAAGGUGCAGGCCGAAAUCCCCCAGAAAGUUACACUUCCUGUACAUCAACCCAGUUCAAGUGAUGUCAAAUCAACAUCACCACAACCACCAAAACAAGAUGUUCCGGAGCUGCAACCCCCGUCGGAGAACAUAACGAUCGGCCCGGUCCAGCAACAUUCAGUUCCCCUAGGCCCAGCCUUACCACCCAUGGAAACCCAGCUACCCCAGGGUCCGUCAUCGCAAGCAGACGACGGCCAGGCCCCUGCCUCGCCAUACACCGCUUCCCGUGCUCUCCUCCGCGACCUGACCCUGCCACCGGUCCCAAACUUUGACAUACCCCCUUCGCCGCCGGGCUCUCCUCCCCCGGCCCUGAGCGCAAAGUUCACCCAGUUCCUCGAUCUCAAGAAGAAGGGUGUGCACUUCAACGCCAAGCUCGCUCAGUCCGCUGCCCUCCGCAACCCAAGCCUCACAGACAAGCUUAUGGGCUUCGUCGAUCUCGAAGGCCGCGCCGGCUAUGCCACAACCCUGCCUCGCGACGUCUGGGACCCGACUUCUGAAGAAACCCUGCCUGAAUGGGCCACCAGGACGUCGCUGCGUCAGAGCCAGGAGCGGGUCCGCGCCGAGCGCGCUGGGCUGAGGAAGGCAGGCGGACCAGUCGAGUUCGUGCCUGCAGCUGCCGAGGUCGCGUCUCCCAGCAGCGAAGCCGCGGCUUCAUCAGAGCAGGGCGGCGUAUCUCGCCUAGGGAAGCGGAAAGCUGGCGCCUGA